GAAAAACGAACCAUUGUCUUCCACAAGACUUGUCUUUUCGUUUUGGCCUCAACAGAUUCGUCUCUUCACAUCUGCCAGUUUCCCUUUUAAGCAUUUACAGUCCCACUUUAUCAAACCAGUCCUCUAAAACAUAAAAGGAAUCGCCACAAUCUUCACGAACUGUCAAACCUAAGCACGUCAAGUUCCGACAUGGUUGAUAAUCGUCGUCAUCUUGUGAUUUUUCUCGUGCUCUGUUUCAUCGUAAGAUGCGAGUCAUGGGGUAGUUGGCUCUCAUCAUCAUCAUCAGAAACACCCUCCGGUCCUUCUGGUUCGCACACUGUGAGAGAUUCGAUUGCAGAGUUCUCAAUGGAGGGAUUUAAUGACAGAAAGGGAACAAAGCUUGUGGAGAACGCGAAGGAGAAGAUGGUGAGAUCAAACUGGUGCUGGCAAAACGCUUAUAAGAAUGUGUUUGCGGGGUGUUCCGAGAUUUUAGCAGAUGAAGAAAAGCGUUCAAGGCUUGCUUGGCAUCUCAGUGAUUGCUUCCAGAGAGACUCUGGAAGGCCACAUUUUCCACACUGUGAUGCUAAAUCUUCAAUGCCUAAUUGCCUCAGAGCUCUGGAUGAUCUUGCCCACAAGGUCUAUCUUGAGUUCUAUCUCGAAACCAACACUAUCUGCCAUCAGUUACAAGCUCAUGCAUUCAAACACGAAACAGAGAGACUCAUCACAGAUCUCAAGGACUCAGCCCAUUAUGUAGAGGACAAGCUAGACAACCUCUACGACAAAUCUGAGAAUAUAUUGCAAGGCUAUAAUAAAAUUCAUAACUCUCUUGAAUCAUUUGAUGUCUGUACACAACAAAUGGCUGAAAAUGUAGUGAAUGUGGCAGAUCGUACGGGUGUUUUGUUGAAGCAUUCAGAGAGUAUGAAUGAGCAGUACAAGGAAAUUGCAGAUUCACAAUUACAGUUACAAGAAGUACAAGAGGAGAUGAAGAUGAGGUUGAAGGAUGGGAUUGAAGUUCUGAACGAGUCGUACAAUAAUUUAGGGAAUGAAAUAGGCAAGUUAAGGGAUGAAUCCAUAGAGAUUCAGAAGGAGAUAAUGAAAGUUGGAGAUACAGUGUCACAAGAGAUGCAAAGCCUUCAUAGCAAAGCAGAAGACAUUGUUGACUUGGCUGGCAUUUCCUUGGACAAGCAACAACACCUUCUAGAAGGUCAAUCCAAAGCACUCCACGACCUCAAUUCUUUAUCUGACUUCCAAUCCAAAGCCCUCGACGAGUCCCGGAAAACCUUCCAACAACUCGCUGAAUUCGGACUUAGACACCACGAAGAGCUUCUUCUACGACAGCAACAAAUCGAGGGAAUUCAUGAUCGUUUAAUGAAAAACACAAAAUCAAUACUUUCUGCCCAGGAAUCUUUCGAGUUAAAACAGGCUAGCGUGUUUGCUGCUUUGGAUAAGAUAUUUGCUCUGCAGAAUGCCAUGUUUCUGGAAUCACGUAUGAUCAAGGCUUUCUUUAUUUAUUGUGCGUCGAUCGUUGUGAUCUAUAUGUUGACAAGCACGAAGCAGACGUACAAUACCAGGCCGAGGCUGUAUGUUGGGCUUUGUGCGGUGUUCUUAGUGGAAAUAGGCAUUGCUCGUUUCACGAGUUGUAGCGUAGAGCAACAAGCUUGGAUUAUCGGUAUGGUCAGAUCAGCGGUCAUGAUCGCUGCUUCUGUUCAACUUCUUACGCCAUUUUCACUUACAGAGAUUAUGCAGUGUUGAGCUAUCACUUGCUGAAAACUGUACUUGACAAGGUUAACAACAUGGAAAAAAACGAUAAACUGUGUUGGGUGAUGGAGGAAGAAGAUGAUGAAGUGGAUUGGUCGACAUGGAUUGAUAGUGAUUUACCAGAGGAAGUGAAUUGUAUUGAGGAUCCAGAUUUUAUAUUUCCAGAGGAAGAAGUUGGGGAGAAUUCAAUCACAGCGACUUCAAGAAAAUACAAUUUACGUCGGAGAAGUCAUUAUCGUUGAUUUAAUUUAAUUAAUAGUGAUUAGCACUUGUGUGUUUGUGAUGGGAAUAAUGAUGUGAUAUGUAAAUUUUCUUCUGGGCCAGAUGUGGGCCCCAAUAAUUUGACACGAGCACGGUAUUGAGGAUUGUUUGUGGGUGAAUAAUUUAAGAUUUAAAAUUAAAUUAAAGUGCGGGUAGAU